AUGUCUACUGUUCGGUCAACUGAUUAUAAGCGCGAACCCGCGGAAAGAAUUUUUGUUAAUCGUAGUCUUCGAUUAGAGAAACUCAAGUUUUUUGGUUUCGACAUGGAUUACACUCUUAUUCAAUAUAAAUCACCUGUACUAGAGGAGUUAGUUUUCACUUUAGCCGUUGAUUUUCUCAUUAAAAUGGGUUAUCCUCCCGAAAUUAAAAAGUUCGAAUAUAAUCCCAUCUUUCCUGUUCGUGGAUUAUGGUUCGAUUAUCAAUUCGGAAAUCUAUUGAAAGUAGAUGGGUUCGGAAAUAUUCUCAUUGGAAUGCACGGGCAACAAUUUCUAUCAGCUGCUGAAAUUGAGAGCCAGUACCCUAACAAGUACUUGCAAUUAUCCGAAAGUCGCAUUUAUGUGUUGAAUACACUCUUCAACCUUCCCGAGACUCAUUUGAUUGCUCAACUCAUUGAGUACUUUGAUACUCAUCCUGAUUAUGAGAUGCUUGAAGAUAAGUCUGGACUCUGUGGAGGAGACGUAGUACUUUACUACCGUUCUAUCUUCCAAGAUUGUCGCAAGGCUAUUGACUGGGUACAUAUUGAGAGUAACAUGAAAGAGAUGAUAAUGAACGACCCUGCCAAGUAUGUCGAGAAGGAUCCUCGAGCUGGCCCAAUGUUCCAACAACUGCGUCAACAUGAUAAGCAGACAUUCCUUUUAACAAACAGUGAUUGGAAAUACACAAAUGUGAUGAUGACAUUCCUUUUGGGCGAAAAUUGGAGAAACUCCUUCAAUUUGAUUGUUGUGGACGCGUGCAAACCUAAAUGGUUCUCGAAUGGAACUGUUUUCCGUGAAGUUAACACAGAAACCGGUUCGCACAAACUGGGUCUCCACAACACUACUUUGAAAGAAGGAGUUGUCUACUCUGGAGGAAACAGCGAUGCAUUCCACAAACUUCUCAACGCACGUGGUAAAGAUGUGUUGUACGUUGGAGACCAUAUCUUUGGAGACGUAUUACGGUCGAAAAAAGCCAGAGGAUGGCGCACUUUCUUAAUCAUUCCUGAGUUGGAACAUGAGCUUACUGUUUGGACAGAUCGUCGACCACUUUUCGAAGCUUUAGAUCAAACCGAAAAAGAACUUUCCUCGAUAUACAAGCAGCUAGAUGCUUGCACUACUAAGAAGCCUGAUAUUGGGGACAUUAUACUUAAGCUCAGAACAUUGACAAAUCAGAUGGAUGAAGAGUACAGUGUUCUCGGAUCACUCUUCCGAUCAGGACCAAGAAAGACCUUCUUUGCUUCCCAAGUUGAAAGAUAUGCGGAUAUCUACGCAUCGUCUUGCUACAAUCUGUAUCAUUACCCAUCUUUCUACUCAUUCCGUUCUCCAAUGCAGUUGUUACCUCAUGAAAGCACUGUUGAUCAUACAUCUGUUAUCAAUUCUAAGCGUAGUGACACUCUGGAACGUCAGCACAGCAUAGGAGCAAAGGUUCGAGGUUGGUCCAAAUACAAGCCAGAGCCAUAUGAUGAAGCUGAAGAGAAUGAUGACUGA